CCCUAUUGUUCCCAGCCCACCCCUGCCUAAUAUGGAAUUCGCUAGGAAACCAAUGAUUUCCUGACACUGACGAUGCGUAGCCGCGUAGGGGCGAAGGUGGAAAGCUGUUUGGAGUAUGAAGGAAUUAAACCGAAACCACGGCCACUGUUUUUGAAACGGUGUCGUCGUCAGAUCAGGAAAAUGUAAAAUAUCGGAAUGCAAGUUGUAGGAGUUAUAGUGAGUUUUAUUGAAACUGCUGUCGAUGGCGAGAGAUUGUUUUGGAAGCGCGAGCUAAAGCGUGGGUCACUUGACGGAUUUGCCUGCGCACCGUACGACACGCCAACUCGAGUGUUUCAACUGGUCACACGAAGACUAACGUCUUAAAGAUUGGAAUUUCUAGUCGACCGAAGACUUGACUACCUGUGGAGGAUAUAGUUUCUGGACUUGUCCAACUAUCAUGCCUACUCUCGGCUCGAAAAGUAGGCAGAAUGUAGUGGAAGCGGUUGAGGAUGGAGGCAGUAGCAGCGAUCCUCUCGAUACUGCGGCCAAAAAGAUGUUGAAAUGUGUUGUGGUCGGCGAUGGAGCUGUGGGCAAAACCUGUUUGCUGAUGAGUUACGCAAACGAUGCUUUUCCCGAGGAAUAUGUACCAACUGUAUUCGAUCACUAUGCAGUGAAUGUAACAGUAUCUGGCAGGCAGCACUUACUGGGAUUGUACGAUACUGCUGGACAAGAGGAUUACAACCAGCUGCGGCCCCUCUCCUACCCCAACACAGACGUCUUUCUCAUCUGCUUCUCUGUCGUGAAUCCAGCUUCCUAUCACAAUGUGCAGGAGGAAUGGGUAUCUGAGCUCAAAUCCUGCAUGCCUCAUGUGCCCUACAUCCUCAUCGGGACACAGAUUGACUUGCGAGAUGACCCAAAGACACUGGCACGUCUGCUCCAGAUGAAGGAGAAGCCACUGACCUAUGAGCAAGGCCUCAAACUAGCCAGAGAGAUUGGAGCCCAGUGCUAUCUGGAGUGUUCGGCACUGACUCAGAAGGGACUAAAGACAGUAUUUGAUGAGGCCAUCCUGACAAUCUUCAGCCCAAAGAAACAAAAACGGGGCUGCGCAGCCUGCAGGAGCUGUUGUGCUAUCGUGUGAGGAUAAAACAUCUCCAACUGUGAACACCCACUCUCCUCCAAAGCUUUGGGCAGAGUAACAGACCCUAAACUGCCUCCAGUCUGCUGUACAUCCUUCCUUUCUCCAUCCGCCUGUUGUCCCUCAGGACAAUGAGCGGUCUUGCCCUCGGUGUGUAUGUCUUGUGGAGAGCUACACUGUCCAAAACAAGUGCCUUAAUUUUUCCCCCACGUUGCCUUACGGGAUUCGCUUCUCAAGCCAAAGAAGUCUCAGACAGGACUGCGGUUUCUUGAACCAAGGUGGCGCGACAUCGCCAAUCUCCAAUCCAACAUUUCAGAUUCAACUCUGAGCCAUUGGAUUUUUUUUAAACCGGCUAUAUUAUAUGGUUUCUCGAGGCUUAUGAAAAAAUGAAAAUCCAUUCCUCCGUACAAGCUGGUUUUCUCUCAGUCACCUCAAAUCAAUAUUGCGCUCUUUCUGGAGUCAAUGCUUCAGCAGUUCGAGCUAGUUAAUAAGGGAAAUUCUCUGGAGGAUGGCCAACUCAUCAAUAGAGGUAGAGCAGACGCAAAGAGAGAGAGAUGAGAGUAAGGAAUGCAUCUUCCUUGGGUCAUUUAAAAUUAAUAAUACUGAUAAUAAACCGCUACAGUACUAUACAUUCAAAGAUACGUAAAAUAAUGUUAUCCAGCAAAAAGAGUGACAAUCAAGCACACUGUGUGAAGAUAAAGGGAAAAUGUAUCUCGUGACAACAUUAUCCCAUAAAUCAUUUAUAUUUCCUUGUGUUUUUAAAACUGAGAUGCCCUGAAGUGUACUUAGUCACGUUUCUGUGAGCCAUCAGACCUUUAUCUUUAUACAGUGUAGGUGUAGAACAAUGAUGCCAUAAAAUGGUGCUGUAAUUGUUAUAUUUAUCAUACGCAUUUACAUUCUGAUAUUUGAAGGGGCCUGUAUUUUGUCUUCUCAAAUGACUCUGCCUACACACAUUUAAAAAAAUGCUCUCAUUUUCCUCUAUUAAAAAUGAGCCGAUGGAGGACUAAAAGUAUGGAGGACUGUACGUGCCACUUAAAAUAAACUGAAGAAAUCAAUCACCUAUGUAUUAAUUCAAAAAUUAAAAUCGAUAGAUAGAUAAAUCUUAGAUGAAUCAUGUUUCAAAUUAUGACAUAUUUUAAACAGUUUAUUUCAUUCAUGUUAAAAAAUGUAGUUAAAUGUAACAAAUAAUAUAAAUCAUUUUAAAUGCAAUCUAACCUGGAAGUUAACAUUACUCUAGUCUCAGCCUCAGACAUCACAUUCAUGGAAUGUUGUCUGAAUGUCCGAUGAAUAAGGCGCACAAAAUGGGAAACACUUUGGGAGUUCUUCAAGUCGUCAUCCGAUUGGUUAAAUUCUACAGGAUUUCCACAUUCUUUAAUGGUCCGUCUGGAAACAAAACCGUUGUGACUUCAAACCCCCUCAUGGAAGUUUACAACUGUGACAUUUUCCCUGAAAGUUUGAGUUAGAAUAGUUUCCAAGAGUGCGAUUUUAAGCACAUCGAGGCUGUAAAAGCAGACUAUUGAGUAGACAUGUUUUCCUGUUUAGCGUGAUGGUGCCUAAUGUCCCCGAAAGCCUCUGUAGUCUCAUUUAGCCACUUGUUAGCAACUGCCAUUUUCAAGACAAGUAAAAGCUUUAAAAAUGUCACGAGGGGGUAUUACUGGUGUAUUGUGUGUCGUAGAAUAGCACAGGAAAAUAUUUUGAGCUUGUGUUCACCGCAGACCUAUUUGAGGCAUUAAAACAAAAACCUGUUCAGCAUUUGCCAACAAAAAUACAUCAUCCCUGCAGCACUGUAUUAUUG